GCGCUGCCAGUGGACAAUCAGACCCGCACACCCACCUCCACACACGCUCGCAUUUCUCAUUUUGUUACUUCUACUCCAAAUUACAUCGCUGAGGCUUGGUGGCGCGGAGGAAAGAAAAAAAGCAGCAGAGAGAAUAGUUUGAAGUCCACGCCGCAGCGAGGCAGCGAACCACCACAUCCGACAUGGAGUCCCCGCCUGAUCCAGCGAGCGACCCGGGCAACAGCGCCUCGGAGCCGGCUACCCCGGUCAGGGAAAGCCCGGUAAGCCUGGAGACGCUCCGGAAAGCGGACCAUCCAGCCCCGGUUCGAAGGCAAACCUGCUCGAGCACCAAUAGAGGUAUCUCGGUAACCAAGAAGACACACACAUCUCAAAUCGAAAUAAUUCCCUGCAAGAUCUGUGGAGACAAAUCAUCAGGCAUCCAUUACGGUGUGAUAACAUGCGAAGGCUGUAAGGGCUUCUUCAGGAGGAGUCAGCAGAGCAAUGCGGCCUACUCCUGCCCCCGUCAGAAGAACUGCCUGAUCGACCGCACCAGCCGCAACCGCUGCCAGCACUGCCGGCUUCAGAAGUGCCUGGCGGUGGGCAUGUCACGGGAUGCGGUGAAGUUUGGACGCAUGUCCAAGAAGCAGCGAGACAGCCUCUACGCCGAGGUCCAGAAGCAUCGGCUCCAGCAGCAACAGCGGGACCACCAACAGCAACCCGGGGAGGCGGAGCCUCUCACACCUAGCUACGGCCUCUCGGCCAACGGCCUGACGGAGCUCCACGACGACCUCGGCGGCUACAUGGACGGCCACACCCCCGACGGAACCAAACCGGACUCGGCUAUCAGCAGCUUCUACCUGGACAUCCAGCCCUCCCCGGACCAAUCCGGCCUGGACAUCAACGGCAUCAAGCCCGAGCCCAUCUGCGACUUUGCUCCCGGAUCUGGCUUCUUCCCUUACUGCUCCUUCACCAACGGAGAAACCUCCCCUACCGUGUCCAUGGCAGAACUAGAGCACUUGGCCCAGAAUAUCUCCAAAUCACACAUGGAGACAUGUCAGUACCUGAGAGAGGAGCUUCAGCAGAUGACCUGGCAAGCCUUCCUCCAGGAGGAGGUGGAGAGCUACCAGAGCAAGCCGCGGGAAGUCAUGUGGCAGCUGUGCGCUAUCAAAAUAACAGAGGCCAUUCAGUAUGUGGUGGAGUUCGCCAAGCGCAUCGAUGGCUUCAUGGAGCUGUGUCAGAACGAUCAGAUAGUGCUGCUCAAAGCAGGCUCUUUGGAAGUUGUGUUUGUCAGAAUGUGUCGUGCCUUUGACUCGCAAAACAACACGGUGUAUUUUGACGGAAAGUACGCCGGGCCAGAUGUGUUUAAGUCAUUAGGCUGUGACGACUUGAUCAGCUCCGUCUUCGAGUUUGGGAAAAACUUGUGUUCGAUGCACCUGUCUGAGGAUGAGAUCGCCCUGUUCUCCGCCUUUGUGUUGAUGUCUGCUGACCGAUCCUGGCUCCAGGAAAAGGUGAAGGUGGAGAAACUCCAGCAGAAGAUCCAGUUGGCUCUCCAGCACGUCCUGCAGAAGAACCACAGAGAGGACGGAAUUCUUACAAAGUUGAUAUGCAAAGUGUCGACACUGCGGGCGCUGUGCAGUAGGCAUACAGAGAAGCUCACGGCUUUCAAAGCAAUAUACCCAGACAUUGUGCGUGCCCACUUCCCCCCUUUAUAUAAGGAGCUGUUUGGAUCAGACUUUGAGCAGUCCAUGCCCGUUGACGGGUAGCGGCCCUGCCAGGUGCCAGCGCGCCCGCCAGCGCACCCUAGGGGAAUGUGGAGGAGGAAUCUGAGACACUUUAUAUCGGUGCCCCGCACAAACCGGAGUGGACAAGAUGGCACGCUGCUCAACAUCUUCUUUUUCAUCCAAGAGUAAGGCUGGUGGAGUUGCUUCUCAAGGUUUUACUUCUUUGGAAGACUUUUGGGGAGGGGGGGGGGGCCAACAUGAGGACAAACCAUUUCUGCCCCGUUUGAACUUGACCAUUUUUUGCGCAUUUUAAAAUGAUGGAUGUCAAUCAUGAGUUCAUUUACCGGGAUUUAGUUGAACGAUAUCGUUUGACUUGAAAUUGUGUAAAUCCUUCAUUUUGAUGUUUCAAUUUUUUUUAUUAGACACUGAAACCUGCAAUAAUUGUCCCACACGUUUAAAAGUGAAAUGCGCACAAUUUGGUCACGUUCUGCUUUUUUGUGGGGGGGGGUUGUUUUCCUUUCUCGUAUUCAGUCGUAUCUUUUGGACGCAAACUCGCAGCAACUCGGAGGAAGGGGGGGUCUGUCGACACGUUGAUGCAAUCGGCACCUCUCUGUGGACAAUCGUUUGAAGAUCUGAGAGAGGGGGGAAAAAAUAGAAUUCUGGUAAUUCUACUGAGAUGAUUUUUAGUUGUCAAAAAAAAAAGAAAAACCUCCAUCCACCAUUGUUGCAUAGUGAAAUCAUGUAAGGCCAUCUGCUAUUAAUCCUUCUCUGGACGGGUGCCCCAGAGAAGCACGGGGCACCGACACAUUGAAAAGGCUCCAUUCCACCUGUUUUAUAAUGUACUACAGGGUAUAUGGUCAUAAGUACUUACUAUACAGAAAAAAAGUAAUGUUUAUAGAAUCUAUUUUAAAUAACAUGUAUGAUAUUCGUAGUUAGACGAUUCUUAAUUGUUCAAUUGAUAAGGCACUUUUCUUUACACCUUUGUUUAAUUUAAGACUUGUAUAUUUACCUAGUGAUGUGUUGCAUGUGCACAAGAAGAAAUACAAGUUGAAACCACAGCCGCGGAGGCUCGUCCCGGGAGCUGGAGAUGGUCGUGGGGCGGGCGGGCGGGCGGCUCGGCGUUGCGGCUUUGUUGGUCUUGAGAAGGCGGAUGGAUGAGAGAUAGGCCCACCUUAACCAAUUUAUUUAGCGCCUGCACAAUGAGAUGCAAGUGAGGCUCAGUUUUGGUUGAUUCUUGCUGGUUGUGUUCAAACUGUGACCUCUUGCUAAUAUUUUGCUUCUCAUGUAAGGUCACCAAAAUAUUAGGCAUACCUUUAAGUGUCCAUCUAUUGUUCUAUGCCACUGCAAAUUAGAAGCACAAUAAUUAGGAUAUUUUGAAAUUAUUAUUUUUCUAUUGGGGUCAAUCGAAACUGAGCAAAAAAAAAAUCUAUCAUACUUGCAGUUAUUAAUUUAGUGAGUUAAAGCAAAUUUAAUGAAUGAGAAUAUCAAAGCACAAAACUUUAUUUGAAUAAAUCUCGCCAAGUAUUUACAAUUUACAAUGAUCAAUUCCCCAACAUUCCCAGGAAAUCACAAUGCCCUAUCACUAGAGAUGCCCCUAAUAUUUUGUUCAGCGGGUAUUGAUUUGCAUCCCUCACCGCAAUCCAAUUGCCCCAUCUAGCGGAAGGCGGAGGUACAGCAAGUAACAAAACUGCCUCAUGACACUGAAAUAGAUUUUAUUUCUGUUUCUGGAGUGGCUUUAUCUGCCUUCUCAGGCCAACAACGCAGGGAAAAAAAAAACAAUGAAGGGAACGUGAAUAUUCAAAGCCUUGUCUGGUCGUAAAGCUUCUAUUUUUGUAACACGUUUUUUUUUUAUUUGGUGAAUGAACUCCAGAACGAGAGGAAGGGAGGGAUGUCAGAUAGCACUUAACUAUAUUCCUGCAAUAAUUAGACUAGCGCUUGUUUGUACAAUUAGGGAAGAGAAGCAUAAAACGCUAGGACAAGUGCUAUUUUCAGAAUGCUUUGUUGUUGUGCUUCUGUUUUUGUUGAGUGUGUCUUUCUUGUCGGUGUGGUCGUAAAGUGAUAGAACAAACACACACACACAGAAAACCUGAAUGUGCCAAACAGUACUCUGCUUUCUGGUCUGUUAUGUAGAAUGGACUCCUAAAACAUUCCAGCAAAUUCAGUAGCAACUUGGAGGAAGAACUUUAUUUUUAAAGGCGACAUUUCAAGAAAAAGAAAAAAAAAGUCCGUGAAAAAGAAUAAAAAGAUAUCCCUUUAGAACGUCACCAACCACGACAUUGAAUCCACUUUUGAUUUGCUGCUUGCACACCAUCAUUCCUUUGCCGUGCAAUGUGCACAAGGUGUAAACUACCGCCUUGUGCUGUCACCCCUCAGGGAAGAGUUUGUUUUUGCGCGUCUUUUUUAGUUUCCGUUUGAUUGUUGCAUUGUUGUGUUAGGGCUGAACGAAAAAAAAAAUAAGUGAUUCUCCCCUCCACCAUAUAUCGCAAUUUAUAAUACCAUUAUCAGAUUUAUUAGAAUAAAUGUUUUGCUAUGAUAGUUUCGGCUCAAAUAAAAUGUACAGUGAAUUAGUUUGAAAGACACUUUAUUUGUAUAUUUCAAUUAGCCCAGUUUGUGUUCAGGGAUGCUCCACCGCACAUAGUUGAGAUUAACAUGUGACAUCCAAAAAAAUGAAAUAUCACAAAACCAUCUCCAAGAAAAAUAAACAAAAUCACAAUUUUAUCAGUACUCAUAAACAACAAGAUCUGUUUUAGAUGAAGGUGUCAUCAGGGUCCCUCUUUGUUAGCAAAACCAAAUAUUCUUAUGCAAUACUUAAUCUGUUUGGGUUGUAAUAUUUAUGCUGUACCUAAGUAAUAAUCUCUGUUGUGAUGCACAAGCCCUGUACCACGAGUAAAACCUCAGUCUCCCAGCAGAACAAACUUUCCAGUCUGGAAAAAUGCUAGACAAUCCAGGAAGGAGAGGCCCGGCCGGCCGAGAGGAUGAGGUGUGUCCGCUCAGGGAGGAGACGGUUAUAGACGCUCACACACAAACACACACACACACACACGUGAAGAGCUGGAAUUUUCCUGAUAUUUAUUCUGUUUCCUUAAACUGUAGGAAUAUUGCUCAACAUGAAAAAAUUAAGAGUGUUUUGUAAUGUAUCCUACAGUAAAAAAAACAAACAAACAAGCAAUAUGGCCUUGUUGUGUAAUUACGGGUUUGACUGACAUGACUCCAAAACGUUUCCAAGUAAUAAAUCCGCCGUAGCUUGCGGCGACCAGACGCACGAGUCUCCAACAACUAUAAAGAUGUACAGUGGCGUCUUUCUGUACAGUCACACUUCAUGAAGCGAGGGAUUGAUGUGUGCUAAGUGUGCUAUUCAAUCAGUGUAUAGUUUAACGGGUCCUCCUGUCUCUGCUCUGUUGUCUCUUUGUAAAAAAAAAAAAAAAAAAAAGCAAUAGUUUGUGCGUACGUUUGUGUGUGUUUUGUUGUCAGUGUGAUUAAAUAAAUGAGAAAAAAAAAACCCAGACAAGGCUUUAAUAAUUACAAAGGAACAGGGUGAUGUGAAUGAAAAGGUCUUGAUAUAUAAAUCUUUUUUUUUUUUUCCUCUCUUUUGGAAAUGCUGAGCUCGAUCCAUCCUCAGUAGGUAGCAGUUUCAAAGUGUGACAUAACGUCUUCAACAAUGCAACUGGACUCACCAAGCCUGUUGGAAUACGCUUAUUGACAAUUGUAUUUAUAUAUAUUUUUUAUUUUUAUUCAAUUUUGGCUGGAAGAACUUGCAUUGUUUAUAGCCCUAUAAUGAAUUCCCUAUCAAGCACGACACUGACUGACAAAGUGAGCGUUCCUGCCGACAAAUUGUGAAAAUGUUAUGUCACGCUUCAAGGUUGGCCGUCAUGUUUUUAACAAAAAAAAAAGGUGUCAUUUUCCAAAGCACAGCUGAUAAGGUUUCAAAGUAGGAAUAUAGUUUAAAAGAAAAAAAAAUGAAAAGCAACUUUUAGCCAUAAUUGAAUGUCAAGCAAUAAUAUAUGUCUUUGUGUAUAAUUUUGGAUUUUUCUUUCCUUUCUGUGCAUAUUAGUCUUUUGAGCAUCUGCAUGUAAAUACACCUCUUAUUUAUCAUGUUUGGGUUGUAUUUUAUUUUUAUUUGGUUUAAUUUGCACAUCUGGAGUUUUAACCAGGUGGAGAACCAAGAACUUGACAUGGCCUGUAAAGUUGAUUCUCUCACUAUUGCUCGCUCUCAUCCUCUGCUGUUCACUCACCAUAUUUAAUAAUAUUGAUCAUGUGUAUAAAGGUAGCUUCUGUCUGUAUAGGUAAGAGGAAAAAAAAAAAACUGCUACUAAGGCCUACCCGAUGAGAAUAUUUAUGUGCUAAUCAGCUCCACCAUAUUGUAUGGAUAAUUCUAGUUUGCUUCUUUCAUUUAGUAUUAGUCUUAGGGUGUGCUGAUUUAUUUUGUGUGGUGCUAGGUACGUUUGUGAACAAAUGAUUAAUUACUAAGCCUGGCCACCCUAUUAGUUGAUUCAUUUCACUGCAUACAGUAUUAAUCUUAAUAUUAGGACUCGGUUAAUGAUAAUGAAAGCGAUAAAAGUUACCCAGCCAGUACCUGUAUCAGUGUGCUCGUCUUGGGGUUAUAAGGGGGACAGUCUAAAAUGUUUCACGUCUAAAAAAAAAAAAAAAGAACUUAAUGGCUGACACCAUUGAUUGAUAAAAGCACAUGAUGACAGACAUUUGCGAUCAUCACCAAAAUGUAAUCAACCUAUGCCAAUUUUAACUGCUGCAAAUAUUUGAAUGGUCAGUCCAAUAUUUGGGAUUUUCUGGACAUUAAAUCCCACCUAAUGAGGAAAACGCUUAACGUUCAUGACUUCCCAAAUAUUUAGACGAUCAUUCUAAUCAUUUCAGAUGUUGAAGUGAGCAUAAGUCCACAUCGCCAUUUUAAUUUUAGUAACAAGUUAUCAGGGUUUUU